GUUUCAGUAGAAGCUUAGCAAUUCAAUCAGAAGUGAGAAAAAUGGCUUCUAUGAUUUCCUCUUCAGCUGUAACAACAGUUAACCGUGCCUCUAAGGUGCAAUCCGCCGCGGUGGCUCCAUUCGUCGGGCUCAAAUCCAUGGCUGGAUUUCCAGUUAAGAAGGUCAACACUGACAUUACUUCCAUUGCAAGCAAUGGUGGAAGAGUACACUGCAUGCAGGUGUGGCCUCCAAUUGGAAAGAAGAAGUUUGAGACACUUUCAUAUUUGCCACCAUUGACCAGAGAACAAUUGUUGAAAGAAGUUGAAUACCUUCUAAGGAAGGGAUGGGUUCCUUGCUUGGAAUUUGAGUUGGAGAAAGGAUUUGUGUACCGUGAGCACAACAACUCGCCAGGAUACUAUGAUGGAAGAUACUGGACAAUGUGGAAGCUUCCUAUGUUUGGCACCACUGAUGCUGCUCAAGUCUUGAAGGAGCUUGAUGAAGUUAUUGCCGCUUACCCCGAAGCUUUUGUUCGUAUCAUCGGAUUCGACAACGUUCGUCAAGUUCAAUGCAUCAGUUUCAUUGCACACACACCAAAAACCUACUAAGUUUGAGUAUUAUGGCAGUGGAAAAGCUAAUUUACUGUGUUUUUUUUGAAUGGUUUUUGCAUUCGGACUGUAAAAUACAAAUGGAAGGAUAAGAGUUAAUCAAUGAUAUAUGGUCCUUUUAUUCAUUCUCAAA